CCGACUGCUUGUUUAUUCCGCCGGGAACAGCUGUGUGACUACUACCACCGUCGUGAACGCCGCCGUGCCGACAUUUUCCGUGUGACUGCACGGUACUAUCGAUUAGAGGAUAAUAGCCUGAAACAGUGAAAGGGAAUAGGUUGGGAAUCCAGUAUAGCAGUAUACCACGGCGUAAUAAUAUACUAGUACCACGGCAUAGCAGUAUAUAUACCUCGGCAUAGCAGUAUAUAUACCACGGCAUAGCAGUAUAUAUACCACGGCAUAGCAGUAUACCUCGGCAUAGCAGUAUAUAUACCACGGCAUAGCAGUAUACCACGGCAUAGCAGUAUAUAUACCACGGCAUAGCAGUAUAUAUACCACGGCAUAGCAGUAUAUAUACCACGGCAUAGCAGUAUAUAUACCACGGCAUAGCAGUAUAUAUACCUCGGCAUAGCAGUAUAUAUACCACGGCAUAGCAGUAUAUAUACCACGGCAUAGCAGUAUAUAUACCUCGGCAUAGCAGUAUAUAUACCACGGCAUAGCAGUAUAUAUACCACGGCAUAGCAGUAUACCACGGCAUAGCAGUAUACCACGGCGUAAUAAUUUACUAGUACCACGGCAUAGCAGUAUAUAUACCUCGGAAUAACAGUAUAUAUACCACGGCAUAGCAGUAUAUAUACCACGGCAUAGCAGUAUAUAUACCACGGCAUAGCAGUAAAGAAUACAACGGCACAGUAUACCACUGCAUAACAAUAUACAACGACAUAGAAGUAUACCACGACGAGACAGCAAACGUUUGCAAGGACACAGAGCGGGCACUAUCAUGUUAAACAAGCAUCACUUAUCAGCGAGGUCGUUAUCACUGUCUUUUUCUAGUAAAAAAACUGUUUUCUGCAAAUGACCAGAAAGUUUCAACAAAUAUAAUGAUCUGAAACAGGCCAGUUACCAGAUUGACCUGCCACUAGCGACAAAUCCAGCUAUACCAAAUAAUGUAUAUGUGAUCUGGUAAUAUCCCGUGCAAGAUAUCAAGAUAUUUGAAAAAUACUAUUCAUAAUACAGUCUGAUUGCGACAAUGAAAGAACACUUAACGUAUUGUAAACAAUGUUUUCUACUGGCAACAUUGAGACGAAAAUAUGUGUUGCUUGCCCUUCUGUUAGCAAUACCAGCAAUUGUGUAUCUGUACAAUCCCACUAUCACGAUUCAAUACUCGGCUAAAACUCAUGGAAGACCAUGUAAACUUCAUGAACUAGACCCAUGGGACAAAACUCUAACUCAAUAUCUCAAAAAUCCUCAACCAAUCCAAUGCGCGUCGAAAUUUUCUUUACUCUUUGUUGACGAGAAAGGAUAUUUGCAGUACAACAAAUCCGCCAUGUUGGAAUAUUCUCUGACGUCACUGAAAUGUGUGUACCAUCUGAUUCAUCGUGUUGACGGAGAUAAUGAAAUUCGCUUGGACGAUGGAAUUCCAUUUGAACCUCCAGUGUUCGUUAAUAAUAGGCUUUUUCGCGUCUUGUGUAGGAAUGAAGAAUCUGAAACCGUGUAUGACUUUGUCCACCUUAAUGUUAUGUGGAAUGAUUCACAAGAAAAACAACAGAAAAUAGGCUACGAGUCGGACAGUGAACUUAGCAUUCUGUAUUUCGGAUUGGACUCAGCUUCACGGUCACAUGCGCUGAGAAAGCUUCCAAAAUCUUAUAAAUAUCUGAAAGAAACUCUACGUGCUUACGAUUUUCGUGGUUAUAUGAAAGUUGGACUGAACUCGUUUCCAAAUAUCAUUCCUCUAUUAACCGGAGAAGAACACUACAAAUAUCAUAUGGAAAAUAUUCUCAGAGUUUAUCUAGACGAAAUGCCUUUUAUAUGGAAAGAACCGCCAAUAGAAAACUACGCUACAUUUCACUCUGAAGAUCGCCCUGAUAUAUCAACAAUGAACUAUCUAAAAUCUGGUUUCAAAAAGGCGCCAGUUGAUUAUUAUUUUAGACCCUUUGGUUUAGCUAUGAGUCAGAUUAAUCCGGUUAUAAUGGAACCGUUAGGAGAGUCCACCUGGUACUGUUACGGAAAUAAGGAUCAUUUCUUAUUACAAAUAGAUUAUCUCAAAAGAUAUCUUACAAAAUACAGCAAACGUUUAAAAUUUUCAUUUCUCUGGAACAAUCAAAUUGGCCACGAGAAUUUUAUAUCCCUGGGUCGCGGUGAUCAGCCGUUGUACGAAUUUCUGCAAUGGAUGAAGUCAAAUGGUCAUUUAGAAAGGUCAGUCCUUAUUGUUGGAAGUGACCAUGGAUUUAGGUUAGGAGGAGCUAGCACGACAUACGUAGGCAGAAUAGAGAAUAACAUGCCUUUUCUUAUGGUGUACAUACCCGAAAAACUCAAGCUGAAGUACCCAUGGCUGCAAAGGAACUUGGAAUACAAUACGAAAAAACUGACAUCGCCGUUUGAUGUCCAUGCAACUAUGCUGGAUGUGAUAAACGGAAGAUUCAGGGAAACGUUCUCAGAAAAUGUUUACAAUUCGAGAACUAGUCGCAGUUUAUUUUCGAAAAUACCAAAAGGUCGCACAUGCGCAGACGCUGGUAUACCUGCUCAAUAUUGUACAUGUUAUGAUUCAACUUCAGUUAGUAUUUCUCAUCCAGUGGUUGUAAACUUAGCAAAGUUUGGUGUCCAACACUUAAACUCAAUGUUGCAAAAAUAUCACAAUAUUUGCCGGGAACUGACACUGCAUAAUAUAACCGAAGCUAAGGUUAUGUAUAUAGCCGAAGGUGAUAGUGACAAUUCUCAUAUAGAUAGAAAGCCGGGAUUUUUCAAACGGCUGCUCGGCAACACAGAAACUGACGAAAGUGGUCGGUAUGUUAUAAUGUUGUAUACAAAACCAAACAAUGGACUGAUAGAAAUAAUGAUUGAUUAUCAGAAACAUGCCGCCGACGGGUUUGAAAACAAGAUGGCGGUGAUAGGUGAUCCUGUAAGAAUCAACAUUUAUGGGAACCAGUCGCAUUGUAUAAAUGACUCGGUAUUAAGACAAUAUUGUUUGUGUUUUGACGUCGAUAUUUCGCACUUGUGAUUUAACAAACUCGGUUGAUCUGAAGUGUUGUACACUGUCUAGAUACUUGCCUUAACACAAUCAUAAUGAACAUUUUUUGAGAGUGACUUUAGUUAAUACAAAGUAGUACCUUACCGAAUCGAAGUUUUCAAACUUAGACUUGUACCAAAAAUGGCGAGUUUAUAUUUUUCCGCAAUUUAACUUUAUAAUGCAUUUGAGCCGCGCCAUGAGAAAACCAACAUAGUGGCUUUGCGACUAGCUGGAUCCAGACCAGUCUGCGCAUUCGCGCAGUCUGGUCAGGAUCUAUGCUGUUCGCUAACAGUUUCUCUAAUUGCAAUAGUCUUUCAAAGCGAACAGCAUGGAUCCUGACCAGACUGUGCGGAUGCAAAAAUUUACAUUUUUGUAUACUGCUUAACUUCUGCAAAGGCUUUUUGUACUUUUGUGAGCAAUACUUUUGAACUGUUUUAUAGUAUGUGAACGUCAGAAGGGCUUUUGACAUAUUAGAACUACAUCACAACAUUGCAUACUCGACUCCUACAGGUUCCAUCUGAUUAAAAUGAAAUUUGGUGUACUUCAUCAAUAUGUAGUGGACAAGUGAAUAUCAUCGGGGCUUCCAUUUCUAACUUUCGUUCUAGAGUUACUGCGCUUUUUGAAUUUCGAAACAGUACAAUUAAAUCAGAAUAUUGUGUACUCAACUUCUACAGUUUUCGUCCAAUUGAAAUGAAACUUCGUAUAUUUUCAUCUAGUCUACUGAGUAUGUAAAGAACAUGACUGUAUUAUAUUUAUUUGCAAUAGUCAUUUAUUUUGUAAUAUCAUUCUUUUACUUUUUGAUAUAACUGAUUUGUUAUGUUCAGAUAGAUACUGCUUUUGAGGUGUUCAAUAUCUAAUUUUUUUAUUGACCUACCUCUCUUGAACUUUGAUAAAGUGUGCUAUUUUCUUACUAUAGUGUGGAAUAUUACAAGCAUUAUUGAUAUUUUCGUAUUAUUUACAAGCUUAUUGCUAUAAAUAAAUUAUUAAUAAGCUGUUCAA